ACUGUAACCUAUACAUGUCUGCGAGCAGUCAUCUCAUUGUUAACAGGCUGCCCGGCUGGCAGUGCAAGCAUAGGGUUAGCGCAUGGGUGUGCACUUGGUGAUUGGGAUCCCAAGAAUAAAUUUGCAGAUGUAAUACUAAGAAAUGCAUGUAAAGCGUGAUUUAUCGUAAGGGGCUCUUGCUGAAUGUUUGCCAAAGACAUGGUCACCCAGAAACAAUUGCGCUGGCGCCCAGACUGUUUGAAGAAAAACCUUUUUAUUUCAUCUCAUAUCACAGCAACUUUAUGGUACACAGCUCAUUUUCUUCUAGAACGUCUCACGCCAGCUCGGCCAUUUGCAUGAGGCGGAGCCGACGCCGUACACGAAGAAGUUAUGAUUUGUUUAUACAUCCAUAUGCUCAAUUUUAGAUUAUCUAUUGCAAAAUAUUACAGCAGUUUGCGUAUUCAAAGCAAGUCACACUAAGCACCCCCUUGACCUGCGGUCCGAGAAAAACUCCUUGCAUUUUGGCUUCUGUUCCGUUGCUAGUGACAGCUUAUGCGGCAGGCUCAAUUCGAGGAUACACUGGCUCGCACGGGUCUCCACCAGUUAUAGAGGGGCUUUGUCCGAUCCGGGUUCGAUGUCGUCGUCGUCUUCCCAAGUGCAGCAGUCUCUUGCGGGCACGCUGGCGGCGCCCAUUACAGCUCUGCCUCAUGAUGGCUCCGUGGUUAAGAUGAAGGGCUUGCCCUUCAAGGGCGGCAAGGAGGACAUCAUUAAGUUCUUUGCGGGCUUCACGGUCCGGCCAGACCAGGUUUUCCUGCGUAAGCAUCCGGAUGGCCGUCCUAAUGGCGAGGCGUUUGUGGUCUUUGAGGACAGCGACGAGGCCAGGAGGGCUACACAGAAGGACCGUGAAACAUUUGGAGAAAAGUUUGGAGACCGCUAUGUGCGGGUGUACCCCACGCUCGACUCGGACAUCCCAGACAUGCAAGCCGCCGUCGCCCAGGCACAGCUUCAUGAGCAAGCACAGGGCUCAGGCAACCAUGGUCAUGGAGCUCAUUCAGAUAGCGUGGUAAAGAUCAAGAGCCUGCCUUUUGACGCAACCCAGCUGGACAUUAUUCAGUUCUUUGAGAACUUCAAACUCAAGCCUAAUGGCGUCCAGCUAGUGGUUCGCUCGGAUAACAAGCCAACGGGCGAGGCAUUCGUGGACUUCGAGACACCCGAGGAAGCGGCUCGCUCCAUUAAGGAGAAAGAUCACAAAGUCUUUUCGGAGAAGUUUGGCGACCGUUAUGUCCGGUUAAUACAGGUGUCCCGUAAGGAGAUGCAAGCCACACUCGCCCUUCGGUUCGGUGGCGAGGGUGUGCUUAAGAUGAAGGGGAUUCCUUUCAAGGCCACCGCUGUGGACGUUAGGAAAUUCUUCACCGGCUACAAGGUCAAGACGGAGGGCGUAAGCUUUAUCAUGCACGCGGAUGGCCGGCCGACGGGAAUGGCAUUUAUCGAAUUUGAGACUCCGCAGGAAGCUGUCCGCGCCAUGGAGAAGGACCGCGCCAAGUUUGGCCCAGAAUACGGUGACCGAUUCUGCAUGCUGCAGCUCGUCGGCCGACAUGAGAUGGAAAAGGUCACCUUGCAGCGGGAAAAUGAGAACACAGCCAACAAGCUGUUGAACGGCAUCAACGUGUUGCAGGCAGCUGCUCUGGCAACCCAUGCCGCUCUCAACAACCCAGCGCUGCAGCCUAUUCUCAUGGCGGGGCCGAAUCCGUGGCUCAAUCCGAUCUACCAGGGUAUGGGUCUCGUCAACCCGGCCACGGCUAAUCCAGCUGCGGCCGCAGCAGCACUAGCGGCGAAUGCACAGCUUGCGCAGGUCCCCGGCGCAUCGCCAACCGCGCCGAUGCUGGACGCAUCCGCGCUGUCGGCGGCGACGCAGUACGGUGGACCCCUACCCCAAGGGCCUCAACUGGUCAACGGCGGCAUGAAUGCGGCCGCCCUGAGCCUUUUGCAACAGCAACAGGCGCCGGCGUCCGCAGGGGGAGUGAGCGUGGACCCGACGACGUCGACGGUGGGCUGGCCACUGGAUCCGGCCGCCGCCGCUGCGGCUAGCAACCUGCAGCUUUUCUAUCAGAACGCCGCAUCGACAGCGCCGCAGGACUGGGCCCGUGCAGCGGCCGCGACCGCUGCAGAUCCGCGGCUGGUACCGGGGAUGACGGCGACUUUGGACAAUAUGCCCGCCAACAGCGUCACGCCUCAUUCCCUGGCGCCCCCUACACCAUUGGAUUUAAUAGCUAUGAAGGAAACAAUACCGGUGGUUGCGGCGCUUGGUAAGUCGCUCGGAGUGGCAGCGGCACCACCACUGCAUCCGCCGGUGUACGGUGCACCGCUAGCCUGCAUACGCCCUGAAGGGGUGCCCGUACCGCCAGCUGCUGCAUUGGCUGCUACGGCGGCUGCGGGGAUGCCGGCUUCCAUUGCGAUGCCGGUGGCAGUGGACGACCCGGCGGCGGUGGCCCGGGCGGCGGCGGGGAACUCUGUUAUGUGAGACCGCUGCCAGCCUCUGCCGCUACGUUUAUAAAGGAGUCCAAUGCUAUGCUGAAGAGAGAAUCAGUCUCGACGGCAGCGUAGGACGCCGUUAACACAUGCAGUGAGCUGACCGCUUUGCUUUUAGCGCCAUGGCCUGCCAUGGGUCGUAAGCCAUGGUUGGACAGCCAUUUUGCCUCGGUAUGUUAAUCGUUAUGCAUGAGAAUGGGAUAUGAAGCUAGUCUUAAGGAGCUGCAAGGACGUUGUGGAAUGAAUCCCUAUCCAUCUCCGUCUAUCUAAUCCAUGAACUUGUUGGACAACCGCUUCAACUACUGUUGCUGAUGACGUCGUCAACAUCGCAAGAGGAACUACUUCAAUGAGAGGCGUGUGUUUUUCAGCUGUGUGGAACAUACGCGUGUUUUGAUGUGCGGGCGACGCAUGCCUCUCGUGAGCCGAGCGAGUGAGGGUUGCUGUUUGGUUGCUAGCUUUG